AAAAUAUCAAUCAGUUACUUAUCUACUUUAUCUCUUUUACACUUAAAGACUUCCCUAUUUUGUUCUACACUUAGGAGACAUUUUUAAUUAUGUUAAUUUGUAAUGCAUUAUAUAGGUACUUUACAGCUGUUUCUCAUUCACAGAAUCAACAGCACUUUAUGAUUUUAAUCUAAUCGGAAGAUACAGUCAAAUUGAUGAUAUAGAAACUAAAUAGAUAAAACUAGACAGUUAUAUUUAAUGGCAAAUGGUAACAACUUUAUAGUUUGUAUCCUUUGUACUCAAUUGCAACAUUUUGCGCAAAUGCAUAUAACUUGUGAAAACUUGUUUGUCCUAAUCUAAUCAGCUCUUAUCAACCACAAGAUAUCUAUAAAUACUGUUAAGAAACAAAUAAAGAUCAGAAACAACUUGUCCCUGUGAUAGGCAAGUAAUAUACAGAAGCAGUGCAAAAUUACAUUAACUGUAAAACCAUUUUUGCAUUGGUAUAAUAAUGUCAUUGUUUCCUGCUUACUCUGAUGAAGCUCAAAAGUUAGAAAACGUACCCAUUGAAAAGCCGUCUUGGUUAGAAAAUUCGAGCUUUAAUGCUGAAUUAACCGUUAUAAAUAAACCUUCUGAUGGAAAGCGAGAUGUUACUGGAAGUUCAGGGAAUUCCCAUGAUAAAGAACUUCGACCAAAAAGAAAAGUCUCCAAAAAGAAAAAGACUAAACUUGAGGCAAGUGUACCUGAAUCUAGUCAGGAAAAAGAUGAAGAUUUUUAUGUAGAUUUAAAAGGUUCCAAAGAAUUUUUAAGUGUUAAUACCAUAUCAAGACCUGCAGUAUCUAAAUAUCGUGUGAAAUAUUAUUUAACAAGCAACAAUAGGAUUACGAAAAAGAAAUUUAAAAGGUAUUAUAAAAGAUUAGAGAGAAUAGAAAAAAAGGAUGAGAAUAAAGAAGAAAAAAUAACAAAGGAGAAUAUUAGUCAGGCACCCAUCAGUAUUCGUGAUGAGAACUUCACAGGAUUUGAUCAAGAAGAGGACCUAUCAAAACAGACUGCAUUUUACAAUAAGACUCUCACUGAAAACCCGCAUGAUGUUAAAUUGUGGCUAGAGUAUGUUGAAUUUCAGGAUUCAGUAUAUCAGUUUGAGAAAUCAUACCGGAAAGGCAGUAUAGCUAAGGCACAGAGAGUCCUAGCUGAGAGAAAAAUUGCAAUUUUAGAAAAAGCUUUAACUCAUAAUUUAGGGUCCGAGGAAUUGUUAAGAGAAAGACUAAAGGUUGCUGUAAGUGCCUUUCCUUCUGAUGAACUACAGGCCCAGUUGAAAAAAUUAGUUGAUAAAGAACAGGAUAACAUUAUUUUAUGGCAAGGAUACAUUGAAGCUACUCAGUGUUCCAUGUCACAUUGCAACACGCCUGCAGUGAUAGAUUUAUACUCUAGAUGUUUACAAACUUUACAUAAAUUGAGAAGAGCUACUAUUUCUGAGAAGUACCUUUCAGAAGAAAGCAUAUUAAGAAUGCUGUAUCAGUGUGGUUUAUUUCUAAAGCAAGCAGGUCUGUUUGAACAACUGUGGACGUUAUUAAAAAUGUAUCUAGAUUUAAAUUUGAGUCCCACAGAUAGUAAUAGAUUCAACAUAGGUAAAGCUUUUGAUGAAAAGGAACUUCUUGAACUAGAAGAGGUGGUUUUAAGCUCACAGCUACCGCAUCACGAAUUGUGGCUGAGGACUGAAAAAUUAAGGGAAUCUUGUCAUUGGCUACCUGUCACAGAUGAGGAAUGUGUUGAUCCACAAAGAAUAGUUUUCAAUGAAGAUGUCGCUGAAUUAAUUCAUCCCAUAACUAUGCCAGAGAAUAUUUUUAAACUCGUUGCGACAAUUUUAACUUUGCUGAAGGUACCUCUUAUACCUUGCAGACAUGCUACUAUGCAAGAUUUAGGCUUGGAUUAUGUGCCUUGGAGCUUAGACUCUAUUGAAUGUUUGCUUCCUGUGUUUUUAAAGUUGUACCCAGUAAACACACUACAUGACAACCUUUUAAAGGAUAUUAAUAGAUAUGCAGUUGGACCCCAGUACCUGAAAGUUCUUCCCGGACAGGAGGAAUACUUAAACUUCAUACUUACCCUCAUGGAAAACUGCACAGACAGCUUAAACGGUCUAGACCAGAUAUCCGUAAGAAUAUGGUGGUUCAGGUUUCAGCGACUACUAAUCGUUCUCCAGAAACGAGGCCACUUCAAAAUGUCCGACCAACUUAAAAAGCGAAUCAAAAGUAGCAUAAAAAACUUGCUGAAAAAGGAGCAACAUCGCAACAACGAACUUUACUACGUUGAAUACGCCUUAAUUGAAAAAGAAUUUGGUAACGUUGAUCAAUGUAUUAAGAUUCUACAAACAGCCUUACAGAUGAAUAAAAACCAGAAAAUAGUUACUGAAAAGUGGGAACAGUGUCAGGUGAAUCAGUGCUAUCUUUACCGAUCUCUAAUAGAAUGUAUAAUAGACCUGGAUGAUAUAGAAUCUGAUAGUACUAAAGGGAAAGUAAUAAAAUUAUUAGUAAACUUGGUAUUACAAAGAAAAGUUGAUAACGUUACUACUGGGAUCUUGAUGGAAACUGAAACAAAGUUUAGAUUGAUUACUGAUGAGAUCUUGCAAGGAAAUAUAAGAACGCUUACAGCUGUAGAUCAUUUCUUGCCAGAUUUUCUAACUGACUGGAUUAUAUGUUAUGGAUGGUUCAUAUAUUUUUAUCGAGGUUUACUUCAGUGCGGUACUCUAUUGGAAACCAUUUUAGAAAAAUUUGAAUCCAAGGGGAACAACUUGAUCUAUCAAGAGGAAGUCGUUUACGAAUUCUACUGUUCAAUAUUAUUCAAGCAUUGUAUAGAUAACCCCGGCAGUGGAACUUUCAAAAUAUUGGACGAUGUUCUUUUCCGAGCUAUAGAAACAUAUCCCAAUAAUCUUUAUAUGUUGUCUAUAUUAGCCAAAGAACAAAGCAUGGUGAAAAACUUAGGCACGUCGUGGUGGAAAGUAGAGAAGAUAUUGCUUAAAUCUGAAAGAGCUAUUACAACCAUUUUUAGCGUGUUGAUUUUCAGUUUAGUAAAACUGGAAAUUGAAAACGAUACCCAUGACACUGUAACAGGCAACCAUAUAUCUCUUUCAAGCUUCCAUAACAAAAUAUUAUCGUUAUUCAAGAAAAUUACUAAGCAGAAUAUGUGCGCCAGAAGAUGCGGUUUAAUAUGGAGACUAUAUUUAAAUUUCGUGUAUAGCUACUUUAACUCUACAGAAUGCAGCAAAGUGUAUUAUAUUGCAGUAGAGGAAUGUCCUUGGCUGAAGGCUUUAUAUAUGGACGCAGCUAUUUACAUACCAGCCGAAUUAGCUAAAAUUCAAGAUCUGAUUAUUGAAAAAGGUUUGAGAUUACAUGUCACUCCUGAGGAACUGGAAGAACUUAGAACUUAAUUUAUUCGUAAUUACUGUUAUAUUUAUGUACGUACAUAUGAUUUUAUUUUAUAAAUUUGUUAUUAAUAAAGGUCUGAAUA